UUGAAUGUCCAACGUUCCACCACUUUCUUUGGCUACAGGGUAUUUCAUUACGGGCUAUUUCAUUACGGGCUAUUUCAUUACAGGCUAUUUCAUUACGGGUUAUUUCAUUACGGGUUAUUUCAUUACAGGCUAUUUCAUUACAGGCUAUUUCAUUACGGGCUAUUUCAUUACGGGUUAUUUCAUUACAGGCUAUUUCAUUACGGGUUAUUUCAUUACGGGCUAUUUCAUUACAGGUUAUUUCAUUACAGGCUAUUUCAUUACGGGUUAUUUCAUUACAGGCUAUUUCAUUACGGGCUAUUUCAUUACGGGUUAUUUCAUUACGGGCUAUUUCAUUACGGGCUAUUUCAUUACGGGCUAUUUCAUUACGGGUUAUUUCAUUACGGGCUAUUUCAUUACGGGCUAUUUCAUUACGGGCUAUUUCAUUACAGGCUAUUUCAUUACAGGCUAUUUCAUUACAGGCUAUUUCAUUACAGGCUAUUUCAUUACAGGCUAUUUCAUUACAGGCUAUUUCAUUACAGGCUAUUUCAUUACAGGUUAUUUCAUUACAGGCUAUUUCAUUACAGGCUAUUUCAUUACAGGUUAUUUCAUUAUAGGUUAUUUCAUUACAGGCUAUUUCAUUACAGGUUAUUUCAUUACGGGCUAUUUCAUUACGGGCUAUUUCAUUACAGGUUAUUUCAUUACAGGCUAUUUCAUUACAGGCUAUUUCAUUACAGGCUAUUUCAUUACAGGCUAUUUCAUUACGGGUUAUUUCAUUACGGGCUAUUUCAUUACGGGCUAUUUCAUUACGGGCUAUUUCAUUACGGGCUAUUUCAUUACGGGCUAUUUCAUUACGGGCUAUUUCAUUACGGGCUAUUUCAUUACAGGCUAUUUCAUUACGGGCUAUUUCAUUACGGGUUAUUUCAUUACAGGCUAUUUCAUUACGGGUUAUUUCAUUACGGGCUAUUUCAUUACAGGUUAUUUCAUUACAGGCUAUUUCAUUACAGGCUAUUUCAUUACGGGUUAUUUCAUUACAGGCUAUUUCAUUACGGGCUAUUUCAUUACGGGUUAUUUCAUUACGGGCUAUUUCAUUACGGGCUAUUUCAUUACGGGCUAUUUCAUUACGGGCUAUUUCAUUACAGGCUAUUUCAUUACAGGCUAUUUCAUUACAGGCUAUUUCAUUACAGGCUAUUUCAUUACAGGCUAUUUCAUUAUAGGCUAUUUCAUUACAGGCUAUUUCAUUACAGGUUAUUUCAUUACAGGCUAUUUCAUUACAGGCUAUUUCAUUACAGGUUAUUUCAUUAUAGGCUAUUUCAUUACAGGCUAUUUCAUUACAGGUUAUUUCAUUACGGGCUAUUUCAUUACGGGCUAUUUCAUUACAGGCUAUUUCAUUACAGGCUAUUUCAUUACAGGCUAUUUCAUUACGGGCUAUUUCAUUACGGGCUAUUUCAUUACGGGUUAUUUCAUUACGGGCUAUUUCAUUACGGGCUAUUUCAUUACGGGCUAUUUCAUUACGGGCUAUUUCAUUACGGGCUAUUUCAUUACGGGCUAUUUCAUUACGGGCUAUUUCAUUACGGGCUAUUUCAUUACGGGCUAUUUCAUUACGGGCUAUUUCAUUACAGGCUAUUUCAUUACAGGCUAUUUCAUUACAGGCUAUUUCAUUACAGGCUAUUUCAUUAUAGGCUAUUUCAUUAUAGGCUAUUUCAUUACAGGCUAUUUCAUUACAGGUUAUUUCAUUACAGGCUAUUUCAUUACAGGCUAUUUCAUUACAGGUUAUUUCAUUAUAGGCUAUUUCAUUACAGGCUAUUUCAUUAUAGGCUAUUUCAUUAUAGGCUAUUUCAUUACAGGCUAUUUCAUUACAGGUUAUUUCAUUACAGGCUAUUUCAUUACAGGCUAUUUCAUUACAGGCUAUUUCAUUACAGGCUAUUUCAUUACGGGCUAUUUCAUUACGGGCUAUUUCAUUACGGGCUAUUUCAUUACGGGCUAUUUCAUUACGGGCUAUUUCAUUACGGGCUAUUUCAUUACGGGCUAUUUCAUUACGGGCUAUUUCAUUACGGGCUAUUUCAUUACGGGCUAUUUCAUUACGGGCUAUUUCAUUACGGGUUAUUUCAUUACGGGCUAUUUCAUUACGGGCUAUUUCAUUAUAGGCUAUUUCAUUACAGGUUAUUUCAUUACAGGUUAUUUCAUUACAGGCUAUUUCAUUACAGGCUAUUUCAUUGCAUUCUCCGGAGUGAGAAACAGUCACUUAACCAACUGAGCCACGAAUAGUCGGCAGAACCCAGAAGAUGAGGCAGACACAGCAGUACUUGAGACGGUGUAUUUAAUGAAGUAAAAAGUGAAGUUCUUCAGGAAAACAUGUAACUCCACAACCUCAAAAGGAAUUCCACAAGAACAAAGGUAAUCCUCCAAGACAAAAAAGGUAAAUCCACAAGGUGGAAGGAAUAGCACAAAAAGCCUCAAAAGAUACUCAGAAACAAACAAACAAGAACAAAAAAACAGAAUUCCACAAGAGAGUCCACCGGGAUCAACAAGAGUUCUCAGAGUACUAGGGCUGGGUGCUAACAUACAAACACAGAGCAAAGAACAGAGGAAAACAAAGGGUUUAAAUACAAUCAGGGGAAACGAGGCACAGGUGCAAAUAAUAAUGGGGAUCAAGGGAAAACAAAAGGUCAAAAGGCACAAUGGGCAUCUAGUGACCAAAAACCGGAACAACCCUGGCCAAAUCCUGACAAUUUCAUUACAGGCUAUUUCAUUACAGGCUAUUUCAUUACAGGUUAUUUCAUUACAGGCUAUUUCAUUACAGGCUAUUUCAUUUCACACUAAUGAUGGGAAAGAAGGUGGAGGCAUAGCUAGAGUUGUUAUUUUCCAGGCAAAAGCGCACACACACACUCAUGAUAGUUUAUUUAUUCACUACCACACGGUGAAGUUUUGAUUAGAAUUAUCGCUGAGUAAUGCAUCAUAUUUAACAUGACGAAUACAGGUUAAUCUGUAAUAUUGUGUUUGUUAAAGAACAUGGUCAUCUUUUACAAUAUAACGACAACAUGAAUGCUUAUUUGACCAGUGGCUCAAUAAAAUUGCAUCAAUAAGUG